GGCGGUGCGCGGCAGGCUCGUCGCGGCGGGGCACGGAAAGCGCCUCUCCUCCUCGGCUCCCUCGACGCGCCGGCGGCAAAGAUGGUGCGGCGAGUGGUCUCUCUCGGCGGCGGCGCCCUGGCGGUGCUGGGCGUCCUCCUCUUGUCCCCCGCCGCGUCUCUCGCUCCGGCUGUCUCUGAAAAAGGCGAGCUCCCGGCGAAGUGCAGCCUGGCCGGCAGCUGGGUAAACGAGCUGGGUUCCAGGAUGGUCAUCUCGCCCGCCAACGAGGCCGGCCUCUUCUCCGGCUCCUACUUGACCGCAGUGUCGGCCUCCGCGAACGCCAUCCGAGGGUCCCCCCUCCAGGGCGGCCAGCACCUCGCCAGCGACGGGGCCCAGCCCACCUUCGGCUUCACUGUCCACUGGACGUUCUCAGACUCCACCACCGCCUUCGUGGGCCAGUGCUUCCUGGAUGAGAAGGGCGCUGAAACCCUGGAGACGAUGUGGCUCCUGCGGGAGCAGGUGGCGACGCAGGCCCAAGGCUGGAAAGCCACCAGGGUUGGCAGCAAUGUCUUCAUACGUGUCAAGUAAAAAGGAACCCAGGAUCUGCUUUUGCCACUUGUGUAGGACCAGCUAAAAAGUGCUCCCUUUCCCCUGGCAUCCUCACUUCACUUGCAGCAGCACCUUUCCAGCAGCACCACUGUUCUGCCUUCAGUCUUUUAUGCCGGAGGGCUUUGGCCAUAUCCACCACUAUCAUGUAGCACCCUCCCUCCCCCAUUGGCCAUGGGUGAAUGUGGCCCUCAGGUCAAAAAGGGUUCACCCCCCAUCUAAUCCAAAAGAGGCUUAGAUUUGUUGAAUUCUAUGAAGGGUCUAAGAGUUUCACACUGCAAAGUCAACUGUGGCUGAUAUUGGUAGGUUUUGUUCUAUGUGCUAGUUAUGGGCAUUUUCAAAAUUCUCUGCAUAUCACCCAGACAACUGUUUCAUAGGGUGAUUUUUAAAAAAAUAAAUGAGCUUUCCCAAGAGGAA